AGAAAAAGAGCGACGGAGUUCGACCAGGGGCGCGCAGAGCCCACCGCACCUCCGGCCCCCGCAGCAUUGCCGGUGACCAGGGAGAGGGAGCUCACCCCAAAUCUGUCCGGGGGUCCCGGAGAGGAAUUCCCAGUGCCAGACUUUGGCUGGGUAGAGGAGAAGGCUGUGAGGAAGAGGAGGAUGCCCCAGGACCCCCAGGCAGACAAGGAGGCCAGGGAGGACAAAUCCCCUCAGCAGAACCUCGUGGAAGAGGCUGUUUUGAGCAGCCCCAUGGCACAGGAAUGCAACGGGGAGGAAAAGGCACAGAGAUCCCGCCCGAGGAGGGGCUCCAAACCCAUGCCAGGGUGCUCCGAGGAGGAAGGACCCACCCUGUGCCAGGAAGGCAGCCAGAGAUGUGGCCAGAGCUCUGAGCUGGUGGUGCAUGAACAGCUUCACAACGGCAAGAAGCUGCACCAGUGCUCAGAAUGUUGGAAGAGUUUCUACACAAACUCUGGCCUACUCCGGCACCAGAAGAUCCACACUGGGGAACGGCACUAUGAGUGUGGGAAAUGUGGGAAGCGCUUCAGAGACACCUCUGACCUGAUGCUCCACCAGAGAGUCCACACUGGGGAACGGCCCUAUGAGUGUGGGGAAUGUGGGAAGAGCUUCACUCAAAGCUCCCACCUGAUCAUCCACCAGAGGACCCACACUGGGGAACGGCCCUAUGAGUGUGGGGAAUGUGGGAAGAGCUUCACUACCAGCACUAGCCUGAUCAUCCACCACAGGAGCCACACUGGGGAACGGCCCUAUGAGUGUGGGGAGUGUGGGAAGAGCUUUGCAUGCUGCACCAGCCUGAUCCGCCACAAGAGGAUCCACACUGGGGAACGGCCCUAUCAGUGUGUGGAGUGUGGGAAGGGCUUCACUAGGAGCUCCUCCCUGAUCGUCCACCAGAGGGUUCACACUGGGGAACGGCCCUAUGAGUGUGGGGAGUGUGGGAAGAGCUUCGCUGUCCGGUCCAGCCUGCUUGUCCACCGGCAGAUGCACACUGGAGAGAGGCCCUAACAGUGUUUUGAGUGUGGGAAGAGCUUCUCCCAGAGCUGUGCCGUGGCCCAAGAGCAAUGGAGGCAGCAGGAAGGGAAGCCCUACAAGUGCCCCGCGUGCGGGAAGAGCUUUGUGCGCUGCUCCAACUCCAUCCCCCGUUGGAGGAGCCCAUUGGAUGAUCCCCAGUGGGCCCCAUUGGGCAGAGCCUUGGGGAUCCACGGUCCUGGUGAUCCAUGGUGGGAAGACAGCUGGUUGGUGGUCUCCACAUCUUCCUGGGCCCCUGGGGGCACCUGGGCACAGCAGGACAAAAAUCUAUUGGGAUGCAGACCAGCAUCAGGAAUUCAUUCGGGAUAGUGAAUUUUUUUACUUUUGACCUCAAGAAAUCCCACCUUUUGCAUCCUAUUGUUUCUUCUCUAAGCAUCAAGGAAUACUGGGAUGUCUUAAGAGUCUUUUCCAACCUAAAUCAUUCCAUGAUUCUAAUUCUUUCUGACCCUUCCACAGGCAUCUUCCAGAACCAAAUGGUGACUGAGUGGGACAAAACCUGAAGAUUUUGAAGACAAUGGAGUGGAAACUCCUCUAAAAAGGUUUCUUUCCAGCCACCCAAGCACAUGGAUACUCAGCCAGCAUGGACACGUAAAUCCUUUUAUUUUGACCUUGAUUUUCUUUCGUUGUUCAUUGUUCAUUGUUCUUCAUCCUUUCACCCAACACUGGGGUAAAAAUAAAAACCUUGAUCUAAGACA